ACUGUUCAGACUACCCGCAAGACGAGACUCGGAAUUCUUCAUGUUCAUAACAAUCCGUGAAGUCACCAUUCGAUUGUAUAGUUCAACUGACGUGACGUGUUCAGCUUGGCUAAUGUAUUGUUAUCAAACCAUUUUUUAGUGUUAGUGUUAACAGCUUAUUAUUAUUCUCUGGUCGAUAUCUAGUCGCCCGAUGUUUCAUGUUUGUGUAAAACGCAUAAUUUCUAUGCCAACAGUCAGUCAGAAUAUACGGUUCGAAGGACCGUUGAUAUUGUUUUGAUAUCUGUACCUACAUGUGCGCAGUGUUUUUAAACAUUUUCCUUAUAAAAAAUAGUUUGUGACUGGCUUAGGAUUAUUAUUGUACGAGAAAUGAAGUACCAUACUCUUGGAUCUAGUAAUUUAACAUCUGAAAAUAAAACCUCAGGGUUCACUUUGUAUGCAGAUCUUGGUUUAUCAGAAAAUGAUCAGACAGUUUACACUGAAACCGACAUGAAGAAACUUCGAAAAGAACUGGAAAUGGUACAGAAAGAUUUGAAACUACAAACCAAGAGAUGCCGUCACCUCGUCGCAGAAUACACCAGGCGACUUCAAGAGAAAGAGGAACUCUAUCAAAACGAAAAGACUUUACGUGAUACUCAACUAGCUCGAGUCCUUAGGGCAUUACUUAUAUUUGAAUCUCGUCUAAAACAAGAGCAAAAACUAAUAAGUCAUCAGCUUAACGAAAAAGAUGAAAUCAUUAAGGCUCAAACCAACGAUAUAAAACUAUUAUUAUCUCACCAGUAUUGCAAGAACUGCCACCAGUAUUAUACACCGCCCUGCACCCUUGAAAGCUUUGACAGCAGUUCGGAAUAUGCCGGGGAAAGGGAUUAUUUGUCUUCGAAUAUGGAAUCCCUUGAUAGUAGUAGCGAUACUUAUGCAGCAGUGGAACGAGACUAUUCAAAAUCCGAAAGUGAAAAUGAUGACAAACUUACCAGUAAAAAUAUUUAUAAAAAAGGCAAAAGCUAUUCAGAAGUUAGGCGAAAAGUGGGACACAAAAAAAAUAUUUGCACAUAUUUUGAAGUGCUAAAGUUAAGAAAUGAUAGUCCCUUAUCAAAUGAUGAUAAUACUAGUACAGACUUAAACAAUUUAGAUUCAUUGCCUCCUGAAAGUAUAAGUGAUAAGAUUAGUAUUAUUUCAGAAAAUAUAGAUAAUAUGCUAAACAAAACAAGAAGUUUGGGAAGCCCUGCUUCAGAAUCUAGUGCAAAUAUAUCAUCUUCAGAAUGUGAUAAAACUGUUAUUAAUACAAAGGUAAUGAAGACCUGUAAUGAUAAUGAUAACAACAAAAAUGAACAAGAAAAUAAUAAUAAUAAUGUCAUUAAUAUUCAGGCAAAAGACUCUCCAGAAAAUAAGCUGACAGAUACCAUACCAGUGUUUGAAAAUAGUGGAGACCUAAACGACAAUUGGUAUGCCAGCGCAAGUGAUCAAGAAGAUGAAGAUCAUCGAGAUGUUUACAGAAAUAAUCCAGUUCUUGAAUGUAUGAAUCAGAUUCUUCUUCAGAAUAUUAACGAUAUUAAUUCUCCACCAAAAACUCCACACCUCGAACGCAAAAAUAAUAAAAGAGUAAAGUUUCUAGAUGAAGAAGACCAGAAAAAUAAUGACUCUAAAGUGCAGAGUUCAGAUAUUAGUCAUAAUGAUUAUUAUGAGACCCCUAUACAAAAAACUGCAAAUUUUUAUGAAACCCCGCAAAGUAUUUAUAGUAACGAUUACGAGCAAAUUUUAAGUAGAUGCAGCGAUUCAGGUAAAGAAAUUAAAUCUCAAGACGAGAAGGUUUCCAAAGAAGGCUAUGAUUACGUCCAAAUGGAAAAGGAUGGAAUAAAAAGUGAACCUUCUAGAAAAAGUAAAAUAUUAAGGGUGCCUCCUGCACUACCUCCCAAACCAGCAAAUUUGGUCUCCAAAUGUAAAUUUCAAACUCUAUCAAAACAACCGCCAAGCGAAAAUGGGUCAACUGACUUAGAACCUGAUUAUUGUUCUAUUUCGGAAUUAAACUUACCACAAAAUCGAGCUAUUUGUGGUAAAAAAAUUAGUGUCGUGGCAGAAGUUCAUAAUUCAGUUAAUUAUAAUGUUAAAGAGAAAAUACUCGUUUCUCCACCGACUACCAAAAAAAUAGUUCAUAAUUCAGAUGAUAUUCUUGUAUUGCCUAAAGAUAACAUACCAAAUCUAGUUGUUAAAAAGUGCAUAGAAAAGUUAAACGUUCAAAUGGCAAAACAAACUUUGACCCGCCCGCAACAGAUUUUAACAAGUCGAAAAAGCAAAAAUGAUAUAGAUAUUCCAAAGCUUCCCCAAGUAUCAGAAAUAAUUAUUCCAGAUGAUCCUGAUGACAAAGAUAGUGAUAUCAUAUCUCAAGAUAAUUAUGUAAAAAAUAAAACUCAGAUUAAGCAAGAAAAACAAUUUCUCGAUCUAAAAAAGCCAAUUGUUAUGGGAUCAUCUGUAUCGAAUUUAAUAAGUGGCUUUAAUAAUCAUCAUAUACUAAACGAACUAAAGCAAAAGGUUGAGCCAUCCAAAUUACAAGUAAAAAGAGGGUUUUCUAGUUUUGAGAAAUUACAAAACUUUGAUAAACCUAUAAAUAAAUCAAGUAAGAAUCUUUCCGACACUCCACGUGUUGAGAAUUUCGAUCUAAGUCAAAAUUUUGAAGAGUUUAAAUUAGACGAUUGCGAAAUUGAAGAGUAUGAUGUUGAAGAAGAACUAGAAAGAGAAGAAUUGGAAAAGAAAAAGCUUACAGAGAUUGAUAAAUUUGUUAAGGGUACAUUUAUGGACGCGCAAGAAAAAGGAAACUUUAACCACCUAGAAAAAAUACGAGAAAGGGAUGGUCAGUUGCAAAAUCAUAAUCCAACAUCUUUAGAAAUUGUUAAAAGACAAGCGGAUUUUAAUAAAUGUUCACAGCGAUUUAAAGAUUCUCAGCAAUCGCCGAUAACUUACGAACAUUUUUUAGAAUGUACAGGUCUUAGUUCUAAGUCAAUUUUAACACCAGCAAGAACAUUAACAAACCAUAAACAUAUGCUAAAACCGAAAGAUAUUAAACAUAGAUCAAAAGUCAAGGCAAAUACAAAUAUUCUGGAAAAGCAUGGUGGUUCCGCUAUUAGAUAUUGGUCUGAACCGUAUGUAUAGGUUAAUAAAACUGCAUUUGCUCUUAAAAUUUAGUGUUAUAAAUUAUAUCAUGAUGGUUGUAUUAUUUUAAUUAUCCUGAAUUUCUGAUAUAUCUAGCAGUUUAAAAAAUCACACUAGCUAAAACCAUAAAGUCAUGAAUCUAUUAUUAAACACUCUACGCAUGAUAAACAAAAGCGCGUCAUGUUUAAAAAAAAACUAUAUUUCCAUUAUAGAUGCAGCUUGUUAUCGUAUAAAUUAUAACAUUUGUUGCAUACCAACAAUUUGUUUUUUAAAAAGGAACCUAGUAAUGUUAUUUUUAACUGAUCACUAUUUCUUUGUAAAUAUAUACAUUAAAAAUGAAAUAAUACCAAAUUGUAGAAAAACUAGAAUUGAGAGUAAUUAACGGCUACUGAUAAUCAUACACCAUCAUUAACAGUAGUCAAUUAACUGUACAUAAUUAUACAGGAUGCAGUACUAAAAAGCAGCAUUUCGACAUUCUUCAUUAAUUUUUUUUUCAAAGAAUUUUAGAUCCAUUGAUAUUGUUUUUAAUUAAUAUUCACAAGGGUGCCUUCAUUAUCCUAAAAAGGGUGGUGACAUCACCAUUACCAUUAAACAUUAGAAACAAAAUGGGGGUCAAACGAUUAUCAUAAUAAUAUGAUUAAAUUAGAUUAGAUUCAGUGUAUGGGGUUGGCAAUUCGGCAACCCCAUUACGACAAAUUUUUUAAUUAAUUUAUUGUAGGGCCUUCAAGUUCAAGUAGCAUUUUAUCUUAGUUUGCAUAAUUAGACUACACUAAUUCCACCUGCUCAGUUGUGGCUUAUCGUCGCCUCGUAGAUCUGAUCUAAUAUUCACAGCUGCACUAUCGAAAAUUUCAUCCUCUUUCUGAUACAGUUACAUUAGUAUUUUUAAAUAUUUAUAUAUAUAUUUUUGUAAGUUUUUCCCUCAAAUACUGUGGCAGGCUUUUGACCUUAUUACUUUCGCAUUAACUUUAAGUGUUAUAUUCCUCUGAAUAAAGUCUUUACCUUUAAAAAAGGAUCUGCUUACAAUAUUGUUAAUUAGAAUAUCUGGUCAAAAUCUUCAAAAUAGUACGUAUUUGUUUUUAAUUUAUAAAACUCAACAGCUGUACUGCUUGGAAUCUCAUAGGGGUUGGAAGGAUGUUCAAAAUGAAGAAAUAAUUUUACUUAAAAUGUUCAAAAGUAUUAAUGGUAAUACCUCACCUUGCCUUCUGUUUCUCAUCUAUUUAGACAAUUAUCUAUCAAAUCAAUCAUGCAAAUUAUGAUUAUUUCAAAUCAAGAUUUGAACUAGCUACCACAUCAAGAGAACAGAAUCAUAAGAAUAAAAGCAAAAAAUAUCAAAGAUAGCAUGUGAAAUCAAAAGCAAAUCAUGGGAAAAAAGACCGUCAAGAAAGUUAUGGCUCCAUCUCUCUUGAUUUCAGUUGCCACGUCAUCCACUCCUAGGGACUGUAGGUAUGAAGGUGACCUUGUGAAUAAUCAAUCUAUAUUGUCAGAUUUAGAUUCAAGAGACGUGGUAUCAGAAGGUGAUUAUUGCAAAUAGUUUUUGAUAGAAAUAGUCAUCGAUAUGGCAACUUUUUGACAUUAAAUCUUGAUACUGAGUAGUAGAAUAAUAAAUUAAACUAACAAUUCGAAAAAGGAACGUUAACUGAUUCUACCAAAAAGGAUCCUUUUGAAGGAAAAUGAAAAUUUACUAGCAAAAAUAAUAAGCAAAACGAAAGAUAAUGAUUUUUGACAAAAUGAUCAAAAAGUAUUAUUGAAUCCUAAUAAUUUGUUUAUUUAAAGAUAUAUAAUGAAAUAUAUUUAAAGCAUUAAAGAAACACUAUAGAAGAAACACUAAUAUAAAAAAAAUUCCUUUUUAAACAAUUGAACAAAAAAUAUAUCAGAAAUUACUUAAUCGUUGUGCCUUUCUAAUAAAAAUGUAUCGACAUAGAGGAUAUUUUUAAAGGAAUUGGUAAAUUAAAUGUGGAAUUAUUGUAAUAUUUAACUUUACCAGAUAAAAGAAAAAAAAAUUAUGAAAUAAUUGUGAAAUAUUUUUACCUAUUUUGAUACAUACACAGAAGUCGAUGAACUCAACACGCUGUAAAUAUGAUCAUCCCUCGAAACUAGUCUAUACUGCUAUAUUAUUAUUACACCCUUGAUAAAUAAAACACAAAACAUUUCUCAAAUUAUAAAACACAGCAUUUAUCUCUUAUCGAGAAUGUUUAUUAUUUAUUUUUGUAUAGAAUGUAGUUACAUUACAUUAUUGUGUUAUUAAUAGUUAUACUUAUAUCAUUUAAAUAUUAAUAUAUAUAUCUAUAUUACGUAUUAUUACUAACAUUCCUCUUGUUUUUUCUGUUAUGUUACUUUUGUGUACAUAACCUGAUUUUAUUGUUAUAAAUUAUUAAUUAAAUUAUUUACCUUAAA